AUAAGAAGCUGCGCGAGAAGGCGGAACGCAUUCACAAGAAGAAACUUAAGGGCGACAAGGAAGCGGCCAAUGCCAAGAAAGAUGAUGAAAAGACGAAUGCCGAGACGAACGAAGGUGGAACAAAGUCUGCGGCAGCUGCUACAAAGAGCAGUACGGGGGGCAGCACCUCCGCGACGGCCACGGCAUCUUCGGACAAGAAGAGCGAGACCACUGGCGGCGAUUCCGGUGCAUCGAAGGAUACAUCCACCGGGAAAGGGAACGCAGAAGGAUCUCAAGGGACGACAGGCACCGCCGAAGGCGGUAAGAACGCCGGAAGCACGGGUGGUGCAGUCAACGAUACGGCCGCUAAUACAUCCCAGGCCGAAGACGAGAUCUGGCAGGUGGUCGAUAACGAUGAGCUGGGCGACUUGUUGCGAGGAGUAGCCGAGGUCGAUGAAGAAGAUGACGAUAAGGAGGCCAUGCUCGAAAGGUACGACAAGUUCCGCCACACGGAGAAGAACGGAAUCGAGUCCGCUUCUGCUGCUGCUGGUGCAAGCGGUUCCGAUGCCGGUGACAGCGCCACUAGCAAAGCAGUUGGUGGUGCAACGGCCACAAACGGUGGUGGAAGCACCAUCGAUACGUCGACAAAUGGCGACAGUAGCAGCAACAAGGAGACAGGCAAGGCCGAAGGUUAAACCACAUACUUUACUUCCCGUAUGCGAGGAAUAAGAAUGUUUCCUCCAAUCUCCUAGUAUAAUUCAAACAACCGUUAGAACUCCUAGCGCUCCCCGAGAUCACUUUUCAGACCGAGAGGGUAAUAUUUACUCCCUCACAUUCUCUUCCGCAGCGGGUUGUUAAUGCCACUUGUGUUUGUGGAUUUUUGCUGCUUCCGGAAGCGGAAGCGGAACGCUAGGACGUAAAUCAACCAUGCGUUUAGUUACAGCGUGUGUGUGUGUUCAUUUACUAGUGUUUAAGUUUUUUAGUUAUCUAACGAGUACGAGACUCUCGUUCUCUUCCCCCGCGGGCACACGCACUGCUGGAACGCGAUAGAGGUUUUGUUACGGAAAUGCUACACCUCUUUACACCCCUCCAUAACACAACGGUAACUUACGCAUAUGCGAUUUCUAUUCGAUUCAAACAACACACUGAUUACUAACGAAGUAGCGCAUAUUAACCGGAUUGGAAAUAAAGAAGAAACAUUGAAA